AUGACCAAGGCCAACUCUGAGAAAAUGGAUGGAGUAAUUCUGUCUUCUGCUCUUUGCCUCUCCUCAAAGGCUCAAGUGCAAAAAGAAACCUUGCAGCUGAGGUCAGACCAGGUGUGCUUCAUCGGCCGAAGCAACGUGGGGAAAUCGUCUUUAAUCCGCGCCUUGUUUUCACUGUCUCCAGAAGUGGAGGUCAGAGUGUCCAAAACUCCGGGCCACACCAAGAAGAUGAAUUUCUUCAAAGUAGGGAAGUACUUUACUCUGGUGGAUAUGCCAGGCUACGGCUACCGUGCCCCGCAAGACUUUGUGGAGAUGGUGGAGGCCUAUCUGCAGGAACGGCGCAACUUGAAGAGGACUUUUCUAUUAGUUGAUGGUGUAGUAGGACUCCAGAAAACCGAUCACAUUGCAGUAGAGAUGCUGGAAGAGUUUGGGAUUCCUUAUGUGAUGGUGUUAACAAAAAUUGACCGAGCUUCCAGGGGACUGUUGUUAAAGAACGUACUGGAGAUCCAGGAGUUUGUAAAGGAGAGAACUCAGGGAUGCUUUCCUCAGCUGUUCCUGGUCAGUUCUCUGGAGUUUUCGGGGGUUCACUUGCUGAGGUGUUUUGUAGCCCAUGUUACUGGAAACCUGCCUGCUGUAGAGGCCAGCUGAAAAGUCUGGCUCCUGAUCUGCUCGGCCCAUCCAGAACAAAAGGUGCAGCGUGAUGGCGUGCCUCGCUUGCGGACAUCGAGUUGUCCCUGUUGCGGG